UUAUUCCACCCAUGUAUAAUAUUAGGCAUGCGUUAUGUAGUUUACGUCUGUUGAUUAACAUACGUAAAUGUAGUUGUGCUGGAUCAUCACGUGUCGGCGGUUCGCAGUGGGCGUGCCACGAUUUCGGACGUGCAUGCCUGUUUGACAACAUUCAACUUGAGGCAGUUGAGCUUUGUCAGGGUUUAGGUUGUAGCUGGAAUUUGUUGCGAGCUGGCAAGACUUGUGAAUGCAUUGCCUGGUGCAGCAUACGGCAAGGCAUUAGUUUACCAUGGUUGAAGGUCCAGGCUGCACUUUGAAGGGGGAGAAGAUCAGAGGCCGGCUGGUUGGAAAGACAGUGCGGAGCGUCUCUGGCAAUGCUGUCAACAGGGAUGUAAAGAAACAGAAAAAGGAUGAUCACAUGACUAAAUAUGACCAGCUGAUUGGUCAAAAACUGGAGGAAGUGCUGACCCUAGGAAAAGAACUGUUCAUGUUUUUUGGAGACUUAUGUUUAAGGAUCCAUUUCUUGAUGGCGGGGUCAUUCCGUGUGAACAGUCUCCAGCUGGACAAGGACUACUCCAAGAUGACCACCGUUGCCUCCCUUGAGAUGGAUAUGGAUGGGGACACUCUGGCCUUCUACAAGAGUGCAGCAGACAUCAGGCUAUCAAAGGAUUGUCAUGAGAAGUUUGAAGAACUCAGGGAUCUUGACAUUUGUUCUAUUAAUUUCAACCCCAAACGAGCGGUUGUUAUGGUGAUGGAACAGACUGACAGGAUGGUGUGUGAUGUCUUGUUGGAUCAGCUCAUUUUGCCAGGAGUGGGCAACAUCAUCAAGAAUGAGGCCUUGUAUGACAGUGGUAUCAGGCCCAAUACCAAGAUCAAGAACUUGACAGAGGAACACAUCUCUCUGUUGGUGAAGAUGACCCGUGACUUCACCAUGGUUUUCUAUAAGUGUCGCCGGGACGGUAAGCCGCUGCGGCCGUAUGAGAAGGUAUACCAUGUGGCAAAGUGCAAGCAGUGUGGGGGAAAGAUUACCACUACCAGAAUGGGGGAGGACAGUGCCAGGGUCACCUACUUCUGUGACCACUGUCAGAACAAUGACCUCACACGCUUCCAGAAACAGAAACUCACAACAAAGAACAGUUUAUUAGGCUGGGUCAACACUGGCCAUGUGCAAAAGGAAGUGAAAGACUGGGCAUGCUCAGUAUGUACUCUGAUAAAUUCAGCCAAUCAAACAAACUGUUCUGUCUGUCUCACGCCCAAAAAUGGCCAACCAAACUUGAUGGCACAGAAUCAGUGCCAACAACAAGAUGGACACUCUCUUGUACCAGAUCAAGCUUUGACAGCACAAACACAGAACACUGUCGUCAAAAAGUCAAAGUACACAUUUAGGAAGAGAUCUUUGUCGGGCCAAAACACAUCAAUGAAUACGUCACUAACCUCCACUACUGACAAUCUUGGGCAGCAUUCCGAAAAUACAUGUCCCAAACGACAGAAAUUAUCGCCCAUGUCACAAACUCAGAUUUGUGACAGUCCAAAAGAGCACAGUUCAGGAGCUAAGCAGGGACCUCACAACAGUCUGUCCCACGUGUCAAAAUGGAGUCAAGGAGGGGAGGUAACUGCUGUCCCCAGCAAGAUUCCUCUCUGUCCUGGUCACAAGAGACGAUGCUUCAUGAAACAAUGCUGGAAGGAGAAUGAGAACAGAGGCAGAUGGUUCUUCACCUGCAGCUUGCCACGAGCCAAGCAAUGCAAGUUCUUUCAGUGGGCUGACACACAGUUCCCAAUAUGUGAAGGUCAUGGUAAGCCAAGUGCAUUCCGGACUGUGAUGAAAGAAGGGCCCAACAAUGGCAAGAAGUUCUUUACGUGUCCUCUCAGUAAACAGAAGCAGUGUGGCUUCUUCCAGUGGGCAGAUGGCUAUGAGGACUGACUUGUCAGAAACAGUGGUUUCUUCCAGUGGGCUGUUGGUUAUGUGAACUGACUUUGCCUGAAACAGAAGUAGGGAAACUUCUUCCAGUGGGCUGUUGGAAAUGAGGACUGACUACAUCAUGAGCAGAAUCAGGACAGGUUCGUCCAGUGGGCUGUUGGCUGUGAGGACUACUGUGAUAGAAACCGAAACGAUGCGGCUUCUUCCGGUGGGCUGUUGGCUAUGAGGAUUGACAAUGUUCCAGUCAUGAUUCAAACAAAUAAAAUGUAUUCCAAGUU